AUGGAGGAGGAAGUGCUCAGCCUCACAAAAGCCACAGACGUCACAACCUCCAUCGAACAAAACUCGAUAGUUCAACCGCAUGCUCGGUUACAACGACUCACCGAGCACAUUCAACGUCUCCAAGAAAAAUAUAAUCCGGAGACACCGAACUCUCAACUUCAACUCUUGGUGAUCGAACUUCUUACGGUCAAGGAAAGGGAAAUAACCGAGGAGGUGGCACGGCUCGAAAUGCAGGUCGUUCACCUAGAAAAGUCGAACUCAUCCAAAUCUGAGGAUGUUGGCGGUCAGAAUCCAACCGAUGAAGAGCUACCUACUCCUCCACCGGAUCAAACUAUCAACAUAACCGAAGUGAGGACAAGUACUCCUUCAAACGACCAACGUGGGUCUUUUCAAACUGGGAAUUCAGAACCGGCCGUAAUGGAAGAGAGGGUCAAGACUCUCAUUGAAGAGUUUGUCAACGACGCGGUUCAGCCCUGGAAGAAAAAGAUAAAAGAAACCGCGGCUAAAGUAGUCGAGAUAGCCGAAACAAUAAGGGAUGAUCUAGGCGAGGCGGUCAAGCGGAUCACGUCGGUUGAAACAAACUACGGUAAUACAGAUCAACUAUACGGUAGUCAUCUUGAGCGAACCAAGGAUUUGGAGGCUAUAACUCCGAAGCUGGUGACCGACCUCGCUUCGGUCAGCAAAACGGUGGCUGAGAUGGAACGGUCUCAAGAAAAGACCGAUCAACGGCUAACAAAGGUCGAGGAGGACCUAGCGCAAUCAAGUUCCCAAGCCGGUUCGACAUUUGACAGGGUAAUAAUUCUUGAAGAAAAGAAUACGACCCUUGAGGAAAAGAACGCCAAACUUGAAGCCGAUCUCAAGGAGGUCACCGAACAGGUGGCUGAAUUAAUAACGGCUAAGCUGGUUGCCGAUAAGGCAAUUGAGGAGGCGAAUACUCUCGCGGCUCAGCAACUUCAAGAUGCGCUGGACAAGCAGACACAAACACAGAAGGAAGCGGCAGCGGCUGAUGCGAACAUAGCCGGACAUAUGCAAAACCUGGCAGUCAAUGCACCGGCGAUCGUAAAGUCCAUAGCGGCUCAAGAAGCCGAAGAUGCUAAGCAGUUAAAGGCUCAACAAGAAACGUACAACAAUUUUGCCAAGGCUCACAAGAGGUCCCAGGCGGUUGUCUCCUCUUCGGUUCCGGUCACCCGAAAGAGGAAAGCUGCUUCAAAGAAGGCGCAACUCACCGGGCUGCUGGACAGAAUCACUGAGACGAUUAUCGACCCUCCACCCACCAACCCGGCUAUGCAAACCGAGGAUGAUUUCGAGGAAGAGCUCGAGCCUCAGCCACCACUUCGAAGACAGCGGUGCUUGAAUGUGACUCCAAUCAGAUCAAUCGGUCAACCGUUCUCUCCUCAAACCGGCACCUCAGGCGGUCAAGGUCCCUCUUCCAGGCCGGCUAAGGGACAAACAACCGAUAAACUGAUGGAAUAG